GCAGGAAGUCACUGAAUCUCAUAACCUAUCCAUGAGAUGAAUCUCUUGCUUCAGUCUGAGCAGACCUUGGCUUCCCUGGGAAACAAUUAUGAUGAUGCUACAAGCCCCUAUAUGGCCUACCUGAAAUCCAGUUCCCCAUUCUGCAUGGGGACUCUGAUUCUUUCCCAGUGGGUGAUAACAGCAGCUCACUGCAGCAUACCGUCUCAGAUCAGGCUGGGAGUUCUUCAACCCAAUGUAAAGGAAAAGAGACAGCAGAUCCAGAAUUGCUUAGUCAACAUCAAGCACCCUGACUUCAACCUCAAAAACCUGGACAACAACCUCAUGCUGAUUAAGUUAAAUAAGCCUGCCAAUCUCAACAAACAUGUGGGCACAGUGGCCCUGGCCAUGGCUCCUUCUGAAACUAGAAGGUGUUUCAUCCCCGGAUGGAUCUGGACACAAUGGAAUAACUCAAGUCACCCAGAUAUCCUGAGCUGGGUAAUCCAUGACAUUCUCCCUGAUGAGGAAUGUGCCAAAGUGCUUCCAGAAAAACUGUCAGCAAAUACAAUGAAAUCUCAGCUGUUCCAGCCAUAUGUGAUGGAAGGAUCCAUGGGAUUUUGACCAUGUCAUAUGGGUGUGUUCUGCAGGGAAGUGGUGGGCUCUUUGCCAAAGUUCACAAAUACAGGGAAUGGAUCCAAAAUGUCACUUCUUCCUUUUGACUUCACCUCUUGGCCUCCCAUUUCUCCAGCUCUACCUUAUGAACGCUGCUCUAGGCCACAUACUCGUUGCCUUAUCUUUUGUGCUGACACAGGAUGCCAAUAAAGAGCCAUGCUAAGGCUGAGUCUCUGGUUAAUAAGUUGGUGCAUGCCUCUUGCUGGUUCAAAAUGUAGGUCCUAAGAAACAGUAGGGGAUCAAAGAUUGACCCGCACUCCUCACCUACAGCCAAGGGUAGGGUACAAGACUUAUGUUACAGGAAUGCUUGGAUACAUAUCUCACCUACCCACCCAUUUAUUCUUGUAUUCAUCCAUCCAUCCAUUCAUUUGGCAAAUAUGAAGUUCCUACCACAUGCUGAGUACUAUGAGGAGAUAUAAAAUUUAAACAAGACACAGUUGCUGCUAUCGUGGAGCUUAUGAUGGUCCAAGUGGCUGAAACAACAAAACAAAUAAGUGUAAUAUGCAGCAUUGCAUAAGUGCAUUAGAGAGCCACAAAACAAAGGGCUGCCCUAGGUCGUGGAGAAAGCAAUCAGAGGGAAGGAAGGAGAUUCAUGGUGUCUAUUUCCCUUAGAGUGGGAUGAUUUCUAGAUCAUUGGGAUCUCUGUCUCUCCCUUCUAACAUCAACAUCUACUUAGAAACUGGCAGAACACACUUGCAGAUCUAGGUCCUGACAAGGAAGGGGUUUAGAGAAUAUUCCCUUGAAGGUGGCCCCACUCUGCCCCUUUGAGGCUCCCUCCCCUUCCCUCCCAAGGGUUUCGUCAAGUCUCUAAGCAACAUCAGAGCCAUUCCAGCUUCCAG